UACUAUCUUGUCUACACGUUCUGUCCAGUGAAUCAGAAAUUCUGCCUCUCAUGUCCAUCAACCUUCCUCACCGCCCUAGCCACCGUCCCAAUGUUAAACCGCCUACCAGUAGAGCUCGAAGGCUUCUGCCGCCUCCUCUACGUACAGUGCAGCGGACAUCUCCAGCUCCAUCCGGUCCACCUCGACAGCCAAGUUCUGGCCAUGUGUCGAGCCAGCUUGCCCCUCCCUGGCCGUUCAACCCUCAAGAGACAGCUCUAAUCCGCGCCGGUUAUCGCCCAGCAUUCAAACCCGACACCGCCAAGAACGCGGAUUCUACUGCCCCAGAAGCCGACUCUCGUAAGCACAAGAAGCGCACCAUGGCUGAACCAAGAGCCCGUGCCGCUAGGCACAAGGGUCAGAUGAACUUUGCUGCUGAAUUGCGUCUCCUCCUUCUCGCAUAUGGCGAUCCAAGCCCGCACCCGUCUUUCCCUUCGGAGCCUCUUCCCGAAACAGUUCGUGUGCUCGAUGAGAUUGUUACCGAUUUUGUCCUUGAGAUGUGCCACGGCGCAGCUCAGUAUGCCGCCUAUUCGCGCCGUCAGAAGAUCAAGGUGGACGACUUCCGAUUCGCGUUGCGCCGUGAUCCCAACAAGCUUGGUCGUGUCCAGGAGCUAUUGCGCAUGGAACGCGAGUUAAAGGAAGCUCGGAAGGCCUUCGAUCAGAAUGAUGACCAGGUUGGAAACUUGAAGGAUGCUAGCAAAAAGGAACUCGAAGAUUUGGGCGAAGGCACCGAUGGCAAGAAGAGCAAGGGAAAAGGAAAGAGAAAUGUUAGAAGGGACUCGGAUGCUACGGAGGACACGACGGUUUCGAAGAAGAGAAAGACUGGUUGACCCAGUUGCCGUUGACCCUGCUUCGCUACUUUCGAUGUCGUUCUAUUCUCCAACAUUAUUUUCGGGCGUUCUGGUUUAGGUUACGAAUAUUUAUUAAACAUAGGGGAUACCAUCUGUUGUUAUUCGAGAGGCGUUUAUUGGGGAAAUUUUUUCUAGCCUUUAGGUUGAGAGCUCAAGACAUUAGAUAUUAAGCGAUCCUUUCAGCAAGCCAUGCACUACUAAAU